UCCAUAUUCAGCCAUUCAACUCUACAAAACCUAUAUAGAAAAUCUGACCUACACUCCAUCAAGUGGCCGGCAACUUCCAGAAGUCAGGGAUAAUCGACGAUACGAACGGAAAGGAGAAUUCUUAAAAAGCAACUCGACAUCCUCAUCGCGUAUACGAUCUUUAGAGAAGGUUCUUCUAACCCUAUAUAUCUCAAAAUGUCUGCUCCUAAAGUUAUUGCCGAAUUGGUCGUCACCGGUAUCAAAGUGUUGGGAAAGGCUACUGCCGCUGCUGGACAACAAGCUAUUCGAAACUUCAAGGUCAAGCCUGAAGGUGCUCCCGAUUCCUCCCCCGUUGGCGCCGGUUCCUCCAAAAAUUCCAUCACCAGUCAAAUGCAAAUGAGUUUGGACGAGGCAAGGUUAAUCUUGAAUGUGAAGAAGGAUGAUCCAAUGGAGGUCAUACAAAAGCACUACGACUACAUAUUUGCUGCCAACUCCCCUCCUCCUCCAUCCGCCGAAUCCAUUCCUCCCGUUAAGGGCGGUGCCACCGGAAAGCGAAGUAAAGUGCCUACGCAUUCUCAUUACCUUCAAUCAAAGGUGUUCCGAGCGCUCGAGAGAAUAAAGGCGGAGAAGGAAGCAGAGCUGAGCAAAACGGAGAGUGCGGCGGAAGGGGCAGAGAAUGCAACGGGGGGGUCAGCGCCAGGGGCUGGGGAGAGCAGAUAGAGGCAGUUUAUGAGGAAUGUUUUUGGGCUGGUGUGUAUGGAUCCACUUCUCUUGAGCGAAAUCCAAAUUUUUAUUUCGUAACGACCGUGAUGACACGAUACCUGCUGAUCUAGGAUGAGUGUAGUUAGCUCAUAAUCCUUGAAAAUCCGUUCAGCGUUUAGUGAAGUUUUGUUUUGCAAGAUUGACAUACAACGCUACUUGCUACAACAAAACAGUUGUCGAUUGGGUAUUAGGUGGAAAAUGGGAAGCCAUCAAGGUUCUUCAGUGUCGGAGAUUGAGCUAAUGGGGGGAGUGAUUCGUGUGGUGAUAACAGACCACGGUGAUGGUUUUAAACAGCCUGAGACAACACCUGACCUAACGAGUCGAGCUGGACGGGAUUGGGGACCGACAAGGUCGAAGACCCUAAUUACGAUGCUCGACACGAACGGUUCAGUUGCUUUUUGACAGUAUGUGCCAUGUAUCCAUGCUAGGAACCCAAAUACAAU